AUGACUCAGCCCAGACUCCUGAUCUUCCUGUUGAUCCUGUUGGCAUCCAGGACGGGCCGACCCCUUCAGCUCUACAAGGCCGAAUCUAUCUUCAGCUGCAUCAACGCCGCUCUCGCGGGGGCCAAGAAAGGCCUCUCCGGCGACAAUUCCCCCCUAGAAAAGCGGAGUUUCGGAUUCCCUUCAGGGCGUGAGGGCACCUCCUCCGAGGACGAUGAAGAGGAAGCCAGGGCCGAGGGGGAGGAGAAGGAGAAAAGGACGUUCCCUGUGGUCACCCGCUAUAAAUACCUUGCCCAAGCGCAGGCGAAAGGCAAGGCCUACCAAGACCAGGCCAAAAGCGACCGACGCACUAAGUUCACGCUGUCCCUUGACGUCCCAACCAACAUCAUGAACAUCCUUUUUAACAUUGCCAAGGCCAAGAACCUGAGGGCCAAGGCAGCCGCCAAUGCUCAGCUGAUGGCUCAAAUUGGCCGGAGGAAGUGAUG